AUUUAUUAUUUAAAAAAUAAAAAAUAUAAUAAUAACUUAAAAAUCGCCAAAGGAGCGUCCGUCGGUUUCCCGUUCGACAAGUUACUGGCGUUGGGAAGCUUUGACUCUCCGGCCCUUCUUCUGUCCUCUGAACAUUCAUCAUCGACACUCCGGCCAAGUUGCUCAGCUUAAUCUCGCAGGACAUGUUUGCUUGAACCUUCGAAGCAAUGGAGAGUGUUAAAUGCAAUGCUCGUUUCAUAUUCAUAGCAGUGGCAGUUGUUCUUUCACAAGCACUUACCGUUACCUCAGUUGUUGUCCCAACGUCCAAUUGCUACGCGCUUGAUAAUUCUAGCCGUCUUUUUGAUUUCAGUGGGUGGGUUGGAGCUCCUUUUGUGUAUGAGGGGAAGGACACUGACGUUGUGAUCCGCUUUUGCAAAGAUGUGGAGAGUAGAUCACAAAUGGGGUAUGUAGAUUUUGGCCGAUUCGAUAAGUUUAACCACUUUGUUGCUGGUUCAGGGCAUGUUGACCUUGUUCAAGGGUUUUACAAUGGUGACCUGCUGAAUUGUGAGAACACCUUUGACAAAAUGGGACGUACUGCACAGGUAAAUAUUAUAUGUGGACAUUGUUUAAAUGGGCAAUGUAAAGGUCAACUUGGAUGCAUAUGCAAUGUCUCUUAUGAAUCCACUUGCAGAGCCAUUGUUGAACUGGCCAUUCCAUGUGAGAAACCAGGCCCACGAGUGUUUCAGGGCUUCACUGUUGGAUUUCAUCCACGAUCAAGGGAAAUUGUUUACAACGGUAUGACUCAGUUGGGUUUUGAAAAAUCUCACCAUGAUUUUAGCUUCAGUACCGAGCAGCCACAUGUUACCCUUUAUCUGACUGCUAUUGCAUCCCAUUCCUACCGAGUGCAAAAACCUAUCAUUAAGGUCUUUCCAGAAAAUGGAUUGGAGAUUAAGUUAACAGGGACAGGGGCAACUGGGAACCCACCUACAACUUUAUCACCCUCGACUUUGCUUUUAGAUUGGAGAUGUUUGAAGGCCCAUAACACCCCAUAUGAAGUUAACAUCACUAUCCCAGUGGUGGGUUAUGAACCAAUUGAGUUUGUUCUAACAAAGAUGUGCGGUAAGCUCCCCAAUUCUGUUUUAUUCAAUGAAUACACACAAAAUCAGGAAGGAGAUGCUACAAGAGGGUGGGCUAUAUUUGGAAUAAUUUCUUGCAUAUUCAUGGUUUCAUCAACUCUUUUUUGCUGUGGAGGGUUUAUUUACAAGACAAGAGUAGAACGCCAGUCUUGGAUGCAGCAUGGAAUUGAUGCACUGCCGGGCAUGACUAUUCUUUCUGCCUGUUUAGAGACUGUGAGUGGAAGAGGGCAAAGCUACUCACGAGCAGAGGACCUUAACACCGCAUUUGCCAGUGAAGUCUCUUGGGAGCGCCCACCUACUGCUGCUGCUCAAGGAACAUGGACACCGAGCGAAAGAAAAUAUGGUUCAAUUUAAAUUUCUUAGUCCUUACCUCAAAAAUUCCAAUUUUCUUCUGCUGAAUCACAUGUAUGAAUAUGAGGUAUAAUCAAGAUAUGCAAUCUCUUAUAUCUUUUUUUUUUUUUUUUGGUUAAACAUAACUCAUUGAUAUAUUCAUGAUGUAGCAUUUUGAAAUUCCUUCAAAACUCAUAGCAUAUACCAUUUUUUCCACUUGCUUUUUACCAUUUAAUCUUCAAGCUGUUAGUAGCAACAUUUGCUUCAAGUUGUUACAGCCUAGCUUUUCAAGCCUUAAAAAGGAAAAUGGUAAUCAUGUCCAGGACAUGGAGCUGAAAAACGCUGUACUCUUUUCGAAUUGCCACAUGUGCAGAAUCUUAAUAACUAAUAGUCUGAUAUAAUAAUAACACUAUUAGUUUUGUCCAAAUCUCCAUAUAUAAAUCAAGACAAAGUGGAAACAUCUGUCUUACACCAAUCUAAUCCAGUGCUAGUUUUCAAAGUCA